AUCCCUGGCAUCCUGCAGCGGAUGGGGACUGCAGAGGCACAUUGGUCCAGCCUCCUGCCCAGCCAGUGGUAGAAACCUGGACACUGCCUGCCCUUCCUCCUGUGCUCCGCCCUUCCUGGAUGAACCCUCUCCUGAGAGUCUGCUACCCAGGCUCCUAGAGGAACCUGCCCCUGCUGUUGCCCCUGCUGCCUCAUCAGCCUCAGAGACUGAGUUCGCCUCUGCCCAUAUGGAUCUUUCCCAGAUGUGAAAGUUCCUCCCGGCACUACUGAGGCUGUAGACAGCUAGUUGCUUGGAGGCUCUGCUCUAGUUAAGCUCAGCCUUGUCAGAAGAGAGCCCUCGCCUCCUCUGCUUCCCAGGGCAGAACUGUCAGGACUGCUCUACUCUGACUCAACUUUGGCUAACUCAUGGUGUGAGUGGUCUCGUGUCUGGUGUAGGGUUUGCACAGCACGACGUCUGGUCCUCUCUUCUCUGGUAACUCUUGGUCUUUGAGAAGCAUCUCAGCUCCACCAUGGCAGCAGAGACCCUGAACUUUGGCCCUGAGUGGCUGAGGGCUCUUUCAGGGGGUGGCAGUGUGGCCUCGCCACCCCCGUCCCCUGCCAUGCCCAAGUACAAGCUAGCAGAUUACCGCUACGGGCGAGAGGAGAUGCUGGCCCUGUACAUCAAGGAGAACAAGGUCCCCGAGGAGCUGCAGGACAAGGAGUUUGCCACAGUGUUACAGGAGGAGCCUCUACAACCUCUGGCCCUGGAACCUCUAACUGAGGAGGAGCAGAGAAACUUCUCCCUGUCAGUGAACAGCGUGGCUGUGCUGAGGCUGAUGGGGAAAGGGGCUGGCCCCCCUGCGGCCAACACCUCCCGUGGCAGGGGCAGCACCCGGAGCCGAGGCCGUGGUCGUGGUGACAGCUGCUUUUACCAAAGAAGCAUUGAGGAAGGCGAUGGGGCCUUUGGACGCAAUCCCCGGGAGAUCCAGCGAAGCCAGAGCUGGGAUGACAGAGGUGAGAGGCGGUUUGAGAAGUCUGCAAGGAGGGAUGGAGCACGGUCUGGGUUUGAGGAGGGAGGGGCUGGCCCGAGGAAGGAGCAUGCCCGCUCCGACAGUGAGAACUGGCGCUCCCUGCGCGAGGAGCAGGAGGAGGAUGGCAGCUGGAGACUCGGGGCAGGACCCCGGCGAGACGCUGAUCGCUGGCGCUCCACCAGCCCUGAUGGUGGUCCCCGCUCUGCUGGCUGGCGGGAGCAUGGGGAGCGGAGGCGCAAGUUUGAUUUUGAUUUACGAGGGGAACGAGGAGGGUGUGGUGAAGAGGAUGGGCGGCUUGGGGGAGGCAGCUCUCACCUCCGGAGAUGCCGGGGGCUGGAUGGCUUUGAAGAUGACAAGGAUGGGCUCCCCGAGUGGUGCCUGGACGAUGAAGAUGAGGAGAUGGGCACUUUCGAUGCCUCUGGGGCCUUCCUGCCUCUUAAGAAGGGCCCCCGGGAGCCUAUUCCAGAGGAGCAAGAGCUUGAGUUCCAGGGCCUGGAGGACGAGGAGGAGGAGCCUUCAGAAGGGGUGAAUGAAGAGGGGCCUGAGGCAGGUGGGAAGGAGGUGACCCCGUUGCCUCCUCCGGAAAAGUCCAGCUCCCCGUCUUUGCUGCCUGCCUUGGGCCCUCUGUGGACGACGAGCGAGGACGGUGAUGAAACCAUGGAGAAAGAGCUUCCGCCGGCUGAAGGAGAGGAGAUGAGGGGACUGUCUCUGAGUCCUGGAGUCGGCUCACCUCCUGGACCCCCCGGGGACCUAGAAGAUGAAGAAGGCUUGAAGCACCUGCAGCAGGAGGCAGAGAAACUGGUGGCCUCCCUGCAGGACAGCUCCCUGGAGGAGGAGCAGUUCACGGCCGCCAUGCAGACCCAGGGCCUUCGCCACUCCACAGCCGCCACUGCCCUUCCCCUCAGCCACGGCGCUGCCCGCAAGUGGUUCUACAAGGACCCACAGGGGGAGAUCCAAGGCCCUUUCACGACCCAGGAGAUGGCUGAGUGGUUCCAGGCAGGCUACUUUUCCAUGUCACUCCUGGUGAAGAGGGGCUGUGAUGAGGGUUUCCAGCCUCUGGGAGAAGUGAUCAAGAUGUGGGGCCGUGUGCCCUUUGCCCCCGGGCCCUCGCCACCCCCGCUGCUGGGCAACAUGGAUCAGGAGCGGCUGAAAAAGCAGCAGGAGCUGGCUGCGGCAGCCCUGUACCAGCAACUGCAGCAACAGCACUUUCUGCAGCUGGUUGGCAGCCGCCAGCUCCCGCAGUGCACGGCGCUCCGGGAAAAGGCAGCUAUGGGGGACCUGACGCCGCCGCAGCAGCAGCAGCUUGCGACGUUCCUGCAGCAGCUCCAGGCUCUCAAAAACCCCAGGGGUGGGGACCAGAACCUGCUCCCGACGAUGAGCCGGUCCUUGUCGGUGCCAGAUUCCGGCCCCCUCUGGGACUUACAUACCUCAGCUUCCUCACAGUCAGGUGGUGAAGCCAGUCUUUGGGACAUACCAAUUAACUCUUCGACUCAGGGUCCAAUUCUAGAACAACUCCAGCUGCAACAUAAAUUUCAAGAGCGCAGAGAAGUGGAGCUCAGGGCGAAACGGGAGGAGGAGGAGCGCAAACGCCGUGAGGAGAAGCGGCGGCAGCAGCAGCAGGAGGAGCAGAAGCGGCGGCAGGAAGAGGAGGAGCUCUUCCGGCGCAAGCAGGUGCGACAGCAGGAACUGCUGCUGAAACUGCUACAGCAGCAGCAGGCAGCAAAUGUCCCUGUGCCCCCUGCUCCAAGCUCCCCGCCCCCACUCUGGGCCGGCCUGGCCAAGCAGGGCCUGUCCAUGAAGACCCUGCUGGAGCUGCAGGCGGAGAGUGAGCGGCAGCUGCACAGGGAGCCUCUGCGGGCCCAGGCCUCCAACCACCGAGUGCAGCUUGGGGGCUUGGGCACUGCCCCCCUGAACCAGUGGGUGUCUGAGGCUGGGCCACUGUGGGGCGGGCCAGACAAGAGUGGGGGCAGCGGCAGUGGCAGUCUGGGACUCUGGGAAGACACCCUCAAGAGUGGCGGGAGCCUGGCCCGAAGCCUGGGCCUAAAGAACAGUCGGAGCAGCCCGUCUCUCAGUGACUCAUACAGCCACCUGUCAGGUCGGCCUGUUCGCAAAAAGACAGAGGAGGAGGAAAAGUUGCUGAAGCUGCUGCAGGGCAUCCCUCGGCCCCAGGAUGGCUUCACCCAGUGGUGUGAGCAGAGGCUGCACACCCUGAGCACCACAGGCAGCCUGGACGUGCCCAUGGCUGUAGCGAUCCUCAAGGAGGUGGAGUCCCCCUAUGAUGUCCACGACUAUAUCCGUUCCUGCCUGGGGGACACGCUGGAAGCCAAAGAAUUUGCCAAACAAUUCCUGGAGCGGAGGGCCAAGCAGAAAGCCAGCCAACGGCAGCAGCAGCAGCAGCAGCAGCAGCAGGAGGCCUGGCUGAGCAGCACCUCCCUACAGACAGCCUUUCAGGCCAACCACAGCACCAAACUAGGCCCUGGGGAGGGCAGCAAGGCCAAGAGGAGGGCACUGAUGCUUCACUCGGACCCCAGCAUCUUGGGGUACUCCCUGCACGGCCCUUCCGGUGAGCUCGAGAGCGUGGAUGACUACUGACCAGCCUGUCCCACCAGCCCCUGAGCUUUAGGCUUGGGAGGCGAUGGCAGCAUGGACCCUCGGGUCUCCAGCCUGCAGGCUCCCAGCGAGGAGCAGAGGAGGAAGCAAGUGGGGCAGGGUCCCAGCACUUGUUACAAACACACGAUGCACCUUAACUCACCCACCACGAGGCACUUUACACAUGGGAGGGGCUUUCUUUCUCUUUAAUUUUCAACGAUAGGAGAGACAAAAGUAUCAUUCGAAAACUAGAUUGUAGACCCCUUCGCCCCUUUGGGGAUAAUGGGUGUGACAUUGGAAGGUCCACAGAGGUUUUAUUUUGUUUUGGGGUUUUUUGUUUUUUUUUUUUUUUUUUUUUAAGAAAAGAUGAAAAAUAAUGAAAAAAAAAAGUUAGGCUGAAGGAAAAAAAAAACCACACUGUUGUUUUGGGGCAGUGGGUACCAGGCCCUAAGGAACCGCCCUGCCUGGCUCCCCUAGGGCUGCACUUACCCUGCUGCUGCCCUCAGAAAGUGGUCAUCGGGGUAACUGGAAGUUGGGUGCUGGCAGUUUGCACAGUGAGGCCCUCUCCAGGAGCCCUGUGCACUGGACCGGCUGUGAACAGCUCCCUGUGGUGGCCACUGUGGCAGGUGUCCUGGUAAGGGGGCCACAGUCGCCCUUCGCCUCAGCUGCUUUGGGGGGAUAGUUGCACAAAUGGGACAAACUGUCUCCGCUCCCUCUCCCUCAACCCCUAACAGCCCUCCCACGCUGGCUGGAGGGAGCUGGGGAAUGACCUGUCGGUGCCAGCCUGUCAGGUGGGGUCUGAAGUCAGGCCUGCUGAGGGGCUGCCCCCACUGCUGCCAUUUCGGGGGACAGCCUGGGUGUGACACUGCAGGCUCAGCUCCCUGCCUUUGCCACAUGAAUGUAUUCUCUGGCCCCCAAGCCCGUCUCGCCCCCUCCGAGAAGAGACACAGCCCUUCCUCCAGGAGCUGGAGAACACCACCUCCCUUAUCACGGCCGAGUCCUUGCCUGUGUGAGGGAGACGCUGAAGGGUGGCUUGGGCUGAACUGUGGUGGUGGGGCCAUUGUGGGAAUCUUCCCUGAUCUGCAGCCAGCCGUGCGGGAAGCAGACCACAGCCCUGCACUUGACGCCGCCUCUGACCAAAUGGGAGGGGAGCGAGCAGCCCCUCUGCUGGAUGUUUCCAUGUGGGCGUUAAUGUGAGGCUGGAGUCAGCUGUGUCCUGGGCUGGGGGCUGCCUUGCCUGUUGCUCACCGACUUCACUCCUAGUCCCCUGCCUGCUGGGCCUGUCUCCAUGGUUGGUUGGUUGGUUGGCCUUUUUUUUUCUUUGACAUGCUGUUGUGUUAGUGAGCUCUCCCAUCAACCUCAUUGCUCAGAUGCAGUAUUAGGGCGAGACUGCCGCUGCCUCCCUCCAUGAAUGUAUUCUCUUUCCUGCCCUGGGGAGUGGGGAUGUCCCCAGUUCCCUCUUUCCCAUCUGUCUCCAGAGACAUGGCCUUUUGCUUUUUUGUUUUCGUUUUUUGUUAUUCGUAUUUUUUGGGGGUUUUUUUUUGUUGUUGUUUUUUUCUUUUUUUUUUUGCACCAAAGUGGCAACUGGGUCAGUGUUGGGGAUAAGGCUGGCCUCUGGGGGGAAGGGCCCCCACCUACUUCUCCCUGGUUUUGACAGUGUUAACGUCUGUGAAAAGACAAUAUUCUCUCUAAAGCAAUAAGGGGGUGAUGGCUGGGGGAAACGUCUUGCUGCUGCUGGCCCCCCGCCCCCCUUCCCUCUUGCCAUUAUGGUGGCAUUGGAGGGGUGGGAGAGACUCCUGUUGUGACUGAAUGUAACCUGCCCUGCCCCUGCCACAGCCAAUGCAGGGGCAGGGGGGGCACUUGUCUCUUCCUACCCCUUCCCCCAGCUAAAGAGACUUUGAACUUGGGGGCCCAUGAGCCUGGAGAGGCCUUAACCCUGUGAGGAAGUGUAGGGGGAGCCCUCUCCCACCCCGUCCCCUCUUGAGAGUGGUCAAUGUUUACAAGCCCUGAGCCCCCUGGCCCAGGGACUCAGACCCCACCCCGUCUUAACCCCACCGCGUCUUAACCCUCUCCCAUCCCAGUCUUACAUGGUCCUAGCUGCUCCACCCCCUCCUGGGGGUUCAGGGUAGUGUGGGAGCCCUGUGUACCCCGCUUACCCCACCUCCGCCCCAUUGUGACUCCCUUACACUACCCUUGUACAUACUCCCAAUAAAACUUGGUGUGUUCUCCCA